GCGCUCCCCUUAAGAGUGGCCGGUACUGAACACACAGCGACUUACCCGAAACCAAUGUCGCAACUUCAGUUUCUUAAACGUAAUUUUUUUUUUUGUCCGCAGCUUCGCGAUCCAACCUGCGCCUGUGAGGCGACAGGCCGAAACGCCGGAGACGCGGGAUCCGAAAAACCGCGCGCUCUUCGCAGCGCGAAUCGAUCGGUGAUUCGCCGUGACGUCACGCCCUCGCGGCGCCAAUGGUCGCGCGGCGGGUCGCUCGUGGCCGGCGUGCUCGUUCGGAAAAGCGCUUCACUUCGCGUGCCGUGGCGAUGGGGGCCGCACGUGACUUGAGUUCUUCGGAGUGCCCUGCCGUCGACGCCGGUGGCGAAGACGGCGCAACGAGGUCGUGUGGACGGCGUGCGCGGCCUCCGGUGCAAGAUACCAUGAGGGGCCAUUCCUCCAGAGGCCGAUGCCCGCCGAGUCGUUGAAUCGAGGCCGCAAGGGCCCGCAAGUCCUGCACGGCCGAGACUGAAAAAUAUAUAAAAGGAGCGAACCAUGGAAUGGAAUGCCACGCCAACCACAGAUGGCUCACCCUGGGACGUCGCCGGCGAGCUGGUGGAACCCAACGCGUGGACCAGUCCCGUUCAAGUGGCCCUCGCCGCUCUGCUGGUCUUCCUUCUCUCUCCCGUCGUCCUCUGCAGCAACGCCCUUCUCCUUCUCUCCAUGUACCGCUUCAAGAGACUCCGAACUCCCAGCAACCUUUUCCUGGUCGCUCUCUUCAGCGCCGACUUCGGCAUCGGUCUCCUACUUCCGCCGGGACUCUACUUCGAGUUCUCCCGGCCCGGAAUCCGCUGUUCCGCACUCUGUCUUCUCCCCUACUGCCUGUUCGUGCAGUUCAGCGGCGUGGCCAUGCUCAGCUCGGCGGCCGUGGCGCUGGACCGCUGCACUUCCCUGGCCCUACCGCUCACCUACAACAACCUCAUCACCCACCGUACCGCCGGACGCACUGUCCUAGCCAUCUGGGCCUACGCCAUCCUGGUCUCCGGCACGCCUCUGCUCACUUUGCCGCCGCUCAAAUCGCCGUGCAGCUUCAAGCUCGUGUCCAUCCCCGUCCGCAUCUUCCUCUUGUGCGCCCUCUACCUGCCGUGUCUUGCCGUAAUGACCAGCAGCUAUGUCUACGUCUACGUCGUGGCCCGAAGGCACGCCAGGGCCAUCUACUCGGUGGAGGGCAACUUGCGGACGGCGCUGCCUCCCGAUCGCCACUACGGCUGGACCCUGGCUCUGACUGUGGCCACGUUCGCGAUGCUCUGGACGCCCGUGGUCGCCUUCAUGGUCCUCGAGGCGGCGUCCGAGGAGCCGUACGACCAGAAGACCACCUUCUACCUGGGUCUCGGAGGCCUAGGAGCCAGCGCAGUGGACCCGCUCCUGUACGGCUUCCGGAACUCCGAGUUCCGGGCCGCCCUUCUGCGCAUGCUCAAGGAACUGCUUCCUCGGAUGUCCGCCGACUUCCUGGGGGAGAGUCCCAGCGCUCUUCAUCGGAGUCGGUGCGGUACGGCGUCGACGCUGAGGCCCGCCGGUGCGAGCACGACGUUGCCGCCACUCGAAACGGACUGCUCCGCGUGCACCAGGACACUGAUCAUGAUGGAUCUGAGGCCUGUCAGUUACGUGUGAAAGGAGUGCGUGCGCCUGGGAGGCGCUAUUCGCUCGCAUUUCGGUUCAGACUUGCGUGACUGUGUGAGAUACCUUCUGGACACUCAAGGCCAACACGCCCUAAGCUGAGGCGUCACGUGUUCAACGUUGCUACAUUGCAAACCUCCGAAUUGGCCACAAACGUGAAACGCGGAAAAAGAAAUCACGUGUUCGUGAAAACCAUACGAUUCGACUUAGUACACUACGUUCUUAAAUAUUUCAGGCCGACGGUUUCAGGAAGUAACUUGGUCACGCAACGGUAAUCGUUAUCAAUGUUACGUGCGUUUCCUUUCUUUAACACGGUGCUUCCGGUAGUUCACUGUCGGAAGCGCUAUCGAGCGCUGAGACUCGCAUGGUAUUGCUGCACGAUUAGAUAAUCAGGUUUUUCGUGCCUCGCAGCCGCAUGGUAUACGCCAUCUGUAGAGGAGGGCCCCGAAGUAAUUUUGCCCACUUGCGGUUCGUUAACGUGCACCCUGUACGUUUCGCACAAAUCAGAGUGCGGAAACCACAGCCAGGAAUUGAACCCUCGACCUCGUACUCAGCAGCACAAUGCCAUUGUCACUGAGUCAUCACACUGGGGGCGCAUUCCUGAAAUUGCUAGGCACGCCGCAUUAAGCGAAACGCACAAAAAUAUUAUACCGAUAACUGCUGCGCGACAAGGUUACCCCCUCAGAUGCGUGGAUUUACAGUGCGUGGUCAUUCUAACGGCAAAUUCACCCUACAAGUUUCCAGCUAGUCUCGAACUGGCCGUCGGCUGAUUGCAGAAGUCGGGGUGAGCCAUGUUUCCGACACAUAGUUCUAUACGAAUCGGAUGGUUCUAACGCAUACAGGCUUUCCAAUUAUAAAACACUGCCGGAUGGUCACCUAUGUAAUUUGCUUGUUUCUUUUAAUUGUGAUUAUUGUUGACAGGAUUUUAAAGAAAAGCUUUGUGUGACACUGACAACUGCUCGUCACGUGGCAAACGAAAUGCAAUCACAUAAUGUGUCGAAACACACUGCUUUCAGCAUAUACGCGUGAUUUCGAUGCUUCGGGAAUGUAGGCCUUGUGCUGUCUGGAAUGCAAGCGUAUGUGUUUAUGCCCAGUGAAGACCUAUGCUGCCUUCGUCUUGUAGUCGUCAUUGCUGUCCAAGCACAAGAACUCUGAGCGACCAAACUGCGCUGUGGCUCGUUUGGAGCGUCGAUCGCAAGAUCGCACUUGGUUGUGAGCGUGCAAUGAACUCAAAGAGAGCACGCGGUGUGACACCGGAGUCACUCGACGUUUGAUGAGUGAACGAGUGCUGGCAGUGCCAGAUGCGUUCAACCGGGGCGUCAGUCCGAAUGCGCACGUGACUAUCUGCGCACGUCAGUGAAUGUGAAACCUUUUUAGCAUGUACAUAAUUCACCAUUUAACUUUCAUUUGCGUAGAGAAGGAUGCCGUCAACUCGAAGCCAAAGAGGGCAGAACGGGAAUUGCGCGAUACCGAAAAUAGCCAUAGGAAGGAUCCACUGUUCUUGUAACGGCUCUGCGUUGUGUGGAAAAAAAACUACACUGCCUGGUUUUUAACAAUCACAUUCAGUAUUAGAAAACGUAGACCGCAGGCACGGCAUGACUAGGCAGUUUUAUUUUCUAACACUUUGAGGAAUGCCGGAACACGAAGGACGCACACAUUAGCGGCAGUGCUCGUGGUACCUUCUUGUUACGCUGACAUUGAGAAGAGCACGCAUAACAAUAAUUGCAAAGACCAUGCUUUGUCUAUGUUUUGAUAAAUAGACGUCAGCCGGGAAAUCAAAAGCGUACAGUGGGUUUUUUCAUCUUACGCAAGAAUGUCUACGCUACGCAAAAUUGUUUGUAAAGCAUUCAUGUUAAAAAAAACUGUCACAAGGUGACGCCACGAGCUCUGCUACUGUCAUUGACGUCACCGGUGACCAUGCAUUCGGUAAACAGCAAUGCAUUUCCUAGCGGCAUAAAGCAAUGUAUUUACUCCUGCAUUGCCUGACUGGGUUACGUGGCUUGGAAGCUAAUGUACAAUGUUCGCCAAAAGUAUGUAGAACACUUAUUUGUGCUGCUGUAGAUCUUGACGAUGAGAAUAACAAUGAUAGUAAAGAGGAACAAAAUACAACCCACGUACUCUGCCCCCACUCGCGGAUGUACUUAAAAGUUUGAGGCUACCACAAGCAAAUACACAAACAAACAAAAAUCUCGAACGUGAACUGAGGAUAGUAAAUUGAGCAAGCAGACAUUUACGAGAAUGACGCCAGACAGCAAAUGGAUGCCACAUAGAUAAAAAAAAUGUUGCAUGGAGGACACCGAGUGUAAAAGAGACGACAUAGGCCGGCGCAAACUUCUAAUUUUUAAUUUAUUGCCUAGAACUACCUUAUAAGGAAAGAGAUAGUAUAUACAUCCGACACAUGUUAGGGUGGGCAAGAAAUAACAUCCAAUCGAGAGUCCACCAGAGUAUAAUAAUGCUGACUUUCCAUAAAAAUAAAUGUAUUGCUCUGUCAUCGUUUCUGUCGCCUAAAUUUAUUUGUCUAACAUUGUCUUCUCCCUUUAAAUUAACCUCUCUGACAGGUUCCCUCUCAUGUAAAUUAAUUUCCAUGACAUGGUCAUCGUAGGUGUCCGCUAUGCUGUACCUCAAUACUGGUCCAAAGCAUGCACAAGCUAGCUCAGAAAGUUUGUUUUACUAAAUAUUUAUGAGGAACUGGGUAACUCCGAGUAGGACAAGCUGUGCUUAAGCUGACUGUUCGGUGGUCUGUUUAGCGUUUAUAAAAGAAUGAUUAUCAAAAGACGUAAAACAUCCAGAGUUGGUGGCAGAAAGUUGGAUGGUGUGACAAUAGGAGGAAGAGCUCUUCAUUAUAAGUUUGCCGAUAUCAGCGCAUGCCAGUGGUGCCUGGAGAGCCCUAAAUGAGACUUUUCUAGUAGUCUAUAUUAUGCUUGGACUGAUAAUGAGUGUUACAUGCGUGUAUUGAGGCCUCUGAAAAGUUUGAGCUGUUUAGAGCGCAAAAUACUACUGUGGCACUUCCUUAUUCGAGCUGAGAACUUAUGGCUGUAGUUCCGCACAGGAACCACACCACUCGCAAGUGAAACAGCAGCAUGCGAGGUGAACAAGCUCAUGAGCCUUGCACCUACAAUGUGGCCAUUGUAGCUCAGCUCAGCUGUACUUGUAAGCGCAGUGUAAGCACGCUGAUAGAAGCAUGCAGGACAGAACGCUAUACUUCAACGUCAAGUUGAAGUCUAGCGUUCUGUGCUAUGUGCCUUUUGCUGUCGACCGAUAUCUUUUUCGCGAUGGUUAAAGGGGUCUUAAGUCUGUAAUUAGCAACUAGCCCAACUGUCUUCUCUGAACGAGCGGUAGUGAAAUUACAUGUCUGCUACACGGCUUGAAAGAAAGUGUGAUGAUGUGUGACCACCUUAUUACCCUAAUUUGCUGUAUAAUGUCAAGUGCAGGCACAGCGGCAACGCAAUGGCGUUUCUAGCACGAACUCAUGGACGCCGAUGAUUACUAAACACACAGUUCCGGCAUAACUUCUGAAGGAUUCCGCUCUUUGGAAAAAAAAAAACAUAUUUUAGGCAAACAUCGCCUGGGCUUCGCAAUGUGUAACUAUUUCGAGGAGUCAGCAAAAACUUGAAAGGCGUGCCACAGUACCACCUUCAGCAUUUGACCCUAAAUCGUGAAUGAUGGGUUCCCUCAGUUCUAAUUUUGUUGUCAAUGAAAGCGACGUUAGCCAUCCAUAUUAAGCAUUAACAAUGAAAUAACGCUCGAAAGGUUUGAAGAAAAUUCUGUUAUAACGAAGGAUUUGCACUGAAGGGCUCACAAACUUAUAAGUAGAUUUCGAGCAGAUACAAUUGUCUAAAGCCUAAAGUCUAAUUUAUGGUUACCUAGAACUUCUGAAAAGUGUGAGAACAGUAUUAAACGCAUCUUUGCUGGCUUUGAUGUAUUGCGCUACAUCUGCGAUGGCUUUUCUUUUAGUAGAAAAAUCCUGCAGUCUGUGAGAAUAACGCCGAUGUCCCGAAAGUACAAGAUUUGACAUCAUUUGACAUUAGCAGAUGCGUGCUUUAAUAUAAUUUGAAGACAAUGCAAUUCCUUCGGUCGGCUACCUAAUGGUGUUUGAGGUACAGCGGGCUCGUACGUUACGUGGCCACAAAACGUAAAUGACCAAAUCUGUAGCGGCUGUUCCUACUCUACCUGAAGUGUCAACGUAACUCUUGACGCUUGAAAGAGUUCGAGCAGUUCUUUGGAAGAUAAAAAAAUACAGUGGUGCUGAGGUGACAAACGAAAAGCCACCUGCUUGACAGAGUCCACAACCCUUCAAGGAAACUCCGUGACAGUAUGCAAAGGAAUUGCGAGGGCACAUAGUAAUAGUGCUGUGAGUCGACAGUAAAAUAGAGAAAUGCAGUAACGAGAGUCGGUGGCAGAUGUAAAUUGGAAGAAAAGGCCAAGCACCAGAGGAAAUACUUCAUAGCAUUCAUGGCAAUGCUAUUGGGAUAUAAAGGCAUUCAACUACCCAGCUGAACUAUACAAUGCUUUGUAAAUAACGGACGCAGUUCGUGAUGUGGAUCACUGCGUGUUAGCGAAUGACCAGAGCCAUUACACAGUCUUCCCAGACGCCUAGUAUUCUGCUGUGUAUAUAUGUAUAUAUAUAUAUAGGUAUGUGUCAACCAUACGAAACGCGUGUCUUGAAACCAGUGGUGAUCAGGACUCGUUUCUGAGCUUUCGCUGACGUCAGAGAAAUGUCUCUGUCAAUGAUCGUCGUCGAUCCUCAGGCGCUCUUUAUUCAUUUAGCUUUGUUUUCUCACCAGACUUUUUCGUUAUCAUGAAUGUAAAAGAUUCUACGAAAGUGUUUUCGUGCUCCUAUACAGAUGUUCGUUGUGUUGGCGUUUCAUAGUUCGUGGUAUGUUUCCAAAUGUUUGCUUUUUCUGAGAGUCACUAGAACUGCCUCUUGUGUCCUAUCGUUGUGGAGGAGUAAGCUCUUACGUUACCGUGACGUUGCAGCAUCAUGACAAGCACAGCGAGAACCUUUUCCCUCUAGCAUCAUCCAAAGUGUCCCAGGCAUCUUGACAUUCGAUGACAAUAUGAUGAGUCGUCUCCGCUUUAUUUUUUUUUUUUUCUGCAGCAAAACCUUGCCUCAACCUGUGAGUCUUUGUCUUCAGGCAGCCAGCUCUGGCCUCAAACGAGCAAAUCACUGCCCUUUGUGUUAUCGUACAAAUAUUCCUUCCAGAUUUUUUUUUGCUCGGUGUCUGUAAAACUCCACGUAAUUUUUGUUUCGACGCAUAAUAACUUACGGUACGUUGCGUCGUGGCAGAGUGGUCCAAGCUCAACUAUAACCUCCGUAUUUACUGGUUACAAAUUUUGAUAGAAAGUCCGCAUGUGAACUAAAGCGUAGAAAACGUGGGGCAGGGGUGACGACGUCAUUUCCGUUUCUGCCCAUUCAGCCAAACGGCACGCGCUGCGAGUGUCUCUGGGGGUUGGCACAGAAUGCCGUCUGCGGCCCGGAUGGGAAAGGACACUGAUGUUACGUUUUUCGUUUGCAGAGAGUGUCAACCGCGAAGGGUCAAUCGAGCACGUCCGAUGCAAAGUUGCAUAGAAGUGAUUUGGAUCGUACUAGUUGCGAUACUGCCAGGUUCGGGCGCCGUAAUCUGAGUCCUCAUAUGGGUGGUGGUCGGAGCGAAUUGUUCCUUGCUUUUUUUUACGCAUUUCACAAGCGUUGGAAGUUGACACCUUUCAACUUCCUGCGAGGCUUGUUUUCGUAACAUAAAGGGUCCGAAGGCAACUCACAUUUCCUCAGUAAGAAACAUGCGAAACGCAUAACUGCUGAAACAGAAAAUUCAUCUCAAAUGUGUUAAACACGACUAGUUUUAAUGUCUGCUACAGUCAUACGUUGAUAAACAUCCUGAAUCUUUGCGCUAAGUUUGAUAAUUAGCCAAAGAAAUUUCGGCUUUUUUUCCGGCUCUCCCUUUUUCACCUUGUAUCCAGUGGUCAAAAUAAAUAUAAUGAUGAUGAUGAUGGUGAAAAUUAGCAGUAAACUUUUUCAAAUUAUGAGAGGUUUAAAUUUGAAUCUUACUAAGGACAGAUGCCAAAAUACAGAAGACUGCAUGUGUUAACGGCAUCCAAAGCGGGAAGAUAAAAUUUUUUAGUAGUUUCGUAGUUUGCAAAAUUGGGUUUUGUAGCUUUCUGCUAGCUUGAAGAAAUAAUCAAGUUGCUCACGUGAAGUGGGGGCAGGAGUUGCGGAGAGUAGCGUUGCAACAGUCAAAUUGUACAGUAUAAUACCCAAUAAUUUUCACUCUUGCAACAAUCACCAGCAUUGCAAUUUUUCGCUCGCGUGCAGCAAAUUUAUAUUUCGUUCAGCUUUUGCCAAAUAAAGCGUUCCUCCGUUUCACAUAAGCUUGAAGGUUCCACGCUGCAACUACUUAAGCUUUUAUUUUUAUUGCGGACACCCCAAGCGCAUUUCUGCCGUCGCCGUCGUCGGGAUGUUCCCUAUAAAGUCCAAACACGAUAACAUCGUCGCUGCAUGCCGUACGCUGUACGUGCGAGUGAAAGCUUGCGAGCGUCAGCCGACGAUCGCGGCUCGAUCUUGGGUGCGCCAGGGAGGAAGGCGGGACGGAAACGCCCCGUCUUCUGUCCCGCGCGAGGUGAUUUGCGAUGCUGAAGAAGUGCGCCUAGUGCCGGUAGCUUCGUGUGCGCUGUGCUUUCAACAUUUCGUUCGCGUUGAAGCGAGAGAUGCACGAAAGUAAAUUCACUCGCUGCUGCUGCCGCGAUUCCUCACUCCAGCGUUUUGACAGCGGGUUGCUGCGUUCAUCCAGCGAGGUGUUUUCACGUUUACCUGUGCGCGCGUGACACCAUGCUUGCUAAUUUACUUAGUAAGCGAGUGUUUAUAAGUUUAUACGGCUGAUAAAACUACUGCCCUCACUUCGUAUGGCUUUUAAAGCUGUCUACUAAGUUGCUAUCGCAAUGCACGCUUCGUCUUUCGGAAUAAACUGCGACUUUUUUUUGCAUACUGAAGCUACCCACUGCACGCAACAGUUAAUAUUGUCAGCACUCACGCCUCCUAACGUGCAGUUGUAGCGUAAACCCAGAGCAAGUGUAAUUAUUUUAGACAAGACCUUGAUCACAUGGCACCAUUCGCUGCUCGCAGUACUUACCUACCACCGAUCUGUUUACCCAACGUAUUAAACCUACCAUUUGUACUCCGGUUCUCGUUUCCAGUUUAUGGUCAUCCGUUUCCACAGUACACCUUUCGUCUCGUCAUUUGUUACUGACUUUUGUGCGACCUGUGCGUGUCCAACAGCUUUGAUUGCCAGAAUUCAUCGUCUGAGUGAUGCACAUUAUUCUCGAGAUUCGGGUCUCCCUGAGUUCAUGCUUUCUUCUGGCGCAAUGUAAAAAAAAUGCCGCAGACAGAAAAACAGGGACAAAUGAGUGGUGUGCAACCAGCAACAGCAACCAAGUAGACAUUCCAUUGCCCUUUUGAAUCCCUGAGUUCUCACGUUGAUGACGGAUACCGCCGGACACAAAACGGCGUCAACGGGCACAAAGAUUGAGACCCCGUGAAAAAGUCGCAUGUGUCCCAUAACCCAUAUAACUACUGUAUAAACAAAGCUGAUGGCAUGGAAAACCCCGUAUGUUCCCAUAUGUCAUAUGGGACCCGCAUAUAUAUGAGACAUGUUUCAUAUAUAGCCACAUGCAGUGGUGUAGCCUGGGGGUGGUGCAUCGGGAACGUGCCCCAAACCACUCCCCCUCCCCCUUCAAAAUAAUUUUUUUAGUUAGCAUGCGGCCUUACCAGCCCUUCACGCCUUCCUCUUCUUCUCGGCAAUGGUCAAAAAGUUGCCCCCCACCCCACCGCGAAAAAUAUUUCUGGCUACGUCACUAAACACGUCUUUCCAUAUAUGGGAACAUGCGGCUUUUAUGUGGGAUUCCAAGUCUAUAAUCACACGUAACAUGCCCUAUGUGAUAUAUGAGAGCACUUGGCUUUUUGUACGGGAUUUAUAUGUUUAUAUAACCACAUGGAACGUAUGGGACGCGUGCCAAAUGAUGUAAGGGAACAUACGGGUUUUUCUAUCAGAUACCCAUAUGUUCAUAUGAGUUAUUGCAUAUAGUGCAUAUGGUAUUUUUUCUGGUAUCUUGUGCAUAUUUCUGUCUUCAAAAAAUGUGAUAGCGUUCAGUAAAACUUUGUUCGACACAUUCCCGUGUAUGGCAACAAUUAAGGUUUCUUGCAGGGUCAGUUAUGUCCAUGCGCUUGGCUUUGUUGACGUAAGCGGACAUUAUUCAUCAAUCAGGGCAUCGAGCAGAUCUUCAGCAUUCCAACAAAGUAACAAAAUAGGUGCCAAGGGAGAGUAAACAAAGUUCAAGGCAGAAGUAGAUGGUGUGAUGUGGAAUGGUGAGACUGAAACGGCUGACAAAAGAGCAAGGUAAUUGUAGAUCGCUGGGUAAAUGUACAUUGUUCUUGUUCUCCAGAGGUCCUAAGUAGAUUGAUGAUGGCGAUGGGUGAAGUGUUCCCGGUAUUUCUUGUACCGCGUGUAUACAAACGGGCUUCGUAAACCCUGUAGUGCCCACAGUCCCACAUGAACGAAAAUUAGAAGAUUUUUUAAUGGUUAUUUCUGGCUAUGGGGAGUUCAAUUGUAUGAAAAACAAAAUAAUGAUAUUUGAUAAAAAUUGUACUUCAAAUAAUUAUUAAUUAAUUACUUAUUGGUCUGGCGAACUGCUGAGCUGUGCACAAUUGAAAACUUGCUCUUCAAGUAUCAAAAAGCACUCUCACAGGCUACGGGUUAAAUUUCUCGGGCUUAAAUAAUUUUGACGUAUCAACUCGUGGUAACAUAAUUAAUACGUACGUUGGUCAUUACACGGUUAACUACAAAAAAGUUCAAUAAAAGUUUAAAGGAAGUUAAUGUGGCCUGAUAGGAUCCCCCUACGGUAUCGCCGACGGAUCAGUCUUUUCACCAUAGGAGGCUUUGGAUGCCAGCAAGAGCGCGAGGACGAGGUCUCCCUGAAUUUUACGAAUGAGCUUCCCAUGACGUCACAGGUUUCGAGAGCUGCUGCUCAGUUCUGGUCUAUGUUUAGCAAUAAAGAGGCGCAUUACCUGUAGUAUUCAAAAGCGAGCAAAGACUGGAAACUUUGAUGCGCUUUUCGCGUACAAAAGGGUCCAGCCAGGAUGCGCGCAAAUAACUUAAAAUCUGCGAAGUGACAUUGACGUCAUCGGUGGUGAAAUGCAUCUGGAGCCGAAUGCAAAAUAACGGAGCUACGUACUUUAUUUGACGCAGAGGACAGUCAAACAGUCGCAAAUAAGUUCAAUCGUGCCUAUUAGUGCUCUCUUAAAAUUAACGCAAUAGCCUUGAAAGAGCAUUUCAGGAGUCUAAAAGCAUCCAUAACGUCUUUCUUUCGUGCCCGAUUAUUGCUGGCUUCCGUGAGUUGUGUGUUCCCACGUUUAAGCGAAAGCACUGCUUACGGUAAACUCUGAAUUGCACAAUUUUUUGUUGUCAAAUCGUUCCUACAUUGAUGCCGGUCAGGUUAGUUUUCACGUCGUUCGUGCGCUUCGUAUGCAGACUGAGAAAAUUAUUUUACGUUUACAAAUCUCAUGUUCCAACGCAUGUAAUAUUUUCUGUUAAUUAUAGUCCGCGCAAAGAGCACGUGUGCUGCUGCGUAUUUGUUUAGGUAAACAGGCGCGUUUUUUUAACAAGCGAACGUUACAGCCAAAGGAACAAAUCUGUGGGCAAGAUUUUUUUUUAAUUACGGGGUUUUACAGGCCACAAGCACGACCUGAUUAUGAGGCACGCCGUAAUGGGGGACUCCGGAAAUUUUGACCACCUAAGGUUCUUCAACGUGCCCCUAAAUCUAAGUACACGGGCCUUUUCGCAUUUCGCCCUCAUCGAAAUGCGGCCGUCGUGGCUGGGAUUCGAUCCCGCGACCUCGUUCUCAGCAGCCCAACACCAUAGCCACUAAGCAACUACGGCAGAUCACCACGGUUUCUGCUGAAUGUUCCAGCGAAAGUGUUGCCACAAAUAGCACAUCUCGAGAUGUUGACAUGCAUAAUGUGUGUCUCUGCUCGUUUACGUUGCAAAACAGUUGUCUCCUGUGACAGAGGCAUCUGGUUAAGACUAUUUUACUUAUAGCCAGCUAUCAUGCCCGAGCAUUGAAGUUCUAUUGCCCAAGAGACGUUCAACUACUGAAAGGCUGGCGCACAACCGAAUAUGGAAGAAACCGCGACAAACUCAUUAGUAGCUUCAAACUUGAGGUUAUGAUGCUGCACUGUUAUAAUGCCAAAGGGGAAAUUAAUGCGCAGAGAACAGCACAAACACACAGUAUAACCGCUAUAUUUAUAAGAAAUAUUCUGAAAGGCAUGAAAUGUGCUGAUAUGUGCCCAACUUGUGGUAGCAUUAUUUCCGUGACAUUUCUACAUGUUGAUAUGUCAUUUCGAAAUAAAAAUACCUUGAGAAACAAAUGUAUAAUGAGCAAAAUUAACUGUUGAUGUCAAAAUGAUGUUGCCUUCGGGGACUUGGUAUUUUAUACAUUCAGAAAUGAUAGACUGUUAUUUAUUGUAAGAUUGUUGUGUUAAAUGCAGUUCAAAAAUCUUUCUGUGAAGACGAUUCUAUCAAAGACGGUUAAAUUUUCUGCAGAAAGUAUUUUAUAGAAAUAUUUCUAGCGUUUGUGUGUGCCCUAAGAAGCAAAGUUUUUCAUAUUGUUCAAUACAACACUUGUUGUGAUCUAAAUGAUACGGUGCAAAUUUUUUUCGCAUAGGCCGUAAACUGACGUUGCAGAAUUUUUAGGCAGAUAUUAAGCUUGUUAUAUUUUAAUAUAUCGCGCAUCAUCAAAAUUAUUUUUGCCUGGCGGGUAAUACUUUAAAAAAGUUAGGAAACUUGUAGUUCACAACUUGAGUUUCGCAAGAGAAAAGAAGAAGAAAACGUAUUCUCAUAGGUGUUACCGCAACAAAGCUGUAUAUCUGUAUCUGAACCAGUGCAAAGUUAAGGGCAAAAGAUAACGCCAAUUGUCUGUUGAAGGGCGAUAUUUUAUUGCGCACAUGUUGCCGUUGUUUGCUACCCUAGUAAUUCUUAGCGUUUCCGCAAGUUGAAAGUAUUCCCCCCCCCCUCCCCCCGCUGCGUUUUCAGUUCUUUACUGAAGCCAGAGUUGUCUGUAGAUGGUGGCUAUAAGGAUGAGACUUAAGGCAUUUGCCUAUAUAUUUUGGUAAAAAAUAAAUUAUUUUAUCCUAUCUUAGCAAUGACGCAAUUGUGAUGGACUUGACUAGCGAGAACACAGAAUGGCUAAGUGAUAGGGGGUUUUGAACGACAGAGGAAUAAAUAAAGGUGUGCCGCAAUUUGUUGAUGCGGGAAAGUGAAUUUUUGUGUUGCGUAUGAGGGGUUUUUCACUUACAGCGCAAUACCAGCCUUUCAUGUGUUCAACGUUAAAGUGUUAACGCAUAUUUCACCCUUUAACCUUUGUGCCGUGGCGUUGCAGAGUGACUUCUUCGCAGUUUCGUGCACUUGUAAACGUUCAUUGUUCUGUCCGGCUUGAUAACGCAUAAGUUCGCAACAUGCGAGACUGAGAGUGGUUAAAAAUGUGUCUCGUCAACAAGACUUUUCUUCGUGUUCCCGAGCGAGCUGUUGAAGUGGAACCAACACUUUUUGUCGAAGGAAAAUAAAUGUUGUCACCGUGCUUCCUUUCUCAA